GGAAAAUCUAGCGGAGAAAAUGAGAUUCACACAAUUUUGUCAAAACUGCCCAUUUUUUUAACAUUUCAAAAUUUUCUCGAUCUUGCCACACUUCUCGAAGCCGCUCCCUGCUUAGUUCUGUCAGCAGCUUGACACAACUUCGCCGGGUGGAAGCUAGUCUUUCUGCUGCAUUUCUCUCAGGAGCGUUCGAGAAUAGCUAUAGCUAUAUCUGCCGGGUGACGUUAGGUCGAGGCGUACUCGCGGGAAUCGUCGCCGACGAUGGCGCUCUUUUCGGGUUGGGUGUUCGUCGUGAGGCCCGACCCCAAUGACGGGGCGCCAGCUCUGUUACCGCGUUACCUGGUGCUUGCGAAAGCAAGCCUGCUCAUGUACCGUCGCGACCCGAUGCUCGUGAAGAACGAGGAACCUGUGUCCAGCGGCGUGCUGACUCCGCAACUUGCGGUGGAGGACUGCGGACGAGAGGUUUACGCCGAUGGACGGGCUCUCCAUGCCUUCCGGGUGUACAACAAAGCCAUGCCGGACCAAGGCGGAAAGGUGGCAACCACCAGUGCAGGAGCAGCUCAGAAGUGGAUCACAGCCAUCGAAGAAUCGAUCAAGGAAUCUGAGACUGGCGGCAAGGUAGAGAAAGCAACUGUGGGGGAGCGCACUCUCUCUCGCUUGGUCUCAAUCGGCCAAGGCCUGGGCGACAUCUUCACUCGUGAGAUGCAGGCAGACGUGGACGUGGGAGGGGACGCGGUGGAAACCACCAAGUGGAGGAUCUUCAAAGUCGCUGACGGCCUUCGAUUCUUCCAUGAAGCAUCUGAGGAAGGGUUUGAAUCGCUGAUCAAGGCAGAGGGGGUGGUGGAGGCGUCGGCUGACAGCAUCUUCGAAGUGCUCAUGAGCACCAGCGCUGCUCUCUCAAUGCAGUGGGACACGUUUACAGUGGAGAAUGAGGUGGUGGAGGCAGUGGAUGGCCACACAGACAUCAUUUUCGCUAUUGUCACAAACAGGCAGUACACGCACGGGAGGCCCCUUGAGAAGGAAGUGCUGGCCUCUCGCACCUGGAGGCGCAACCACGACGGGUCCUAUGGCAUCACCACGUUCACCACCAACCACGACAGCAGGCCUGCGAACGCGCGCCGCCCUCGACUUGACUUCGCCUUGGGCUCAUGGGACAUCCUCCCUCUCACCCCCUCUCGUCCCAAGCACGGCCACGUCAAAUGCCUCGUGCGCCACGUCAUCGAACUCGGCUCUGCACCUCCCCCCUCCUCCUCCUCCUCCUCUCUCGCCUCCUCCGCCUCCUUUUCUCACUCCGCCGAAACCCCUCCCACUCCUAGCAGGCGCUCUGCCUCUCCCCACCACUUCCACCCCGGCUCCUCCUCCCCCAUGCACUCGCCUCUCCCCAACCCCGCACACGCGGUCGCGGGUGUGGCAAAAGCAGCAGCGGGGAGGCCAAUCUCUUUCAUAAAGGGUCUGAUGAAGGAGAAGAAGGAGAAGGACGGGAAGAAGGAGAAGGGGGGGAUAUGCUGAAGUCUGCGUCGGUGGCGGCGGGGGGAG